AUGGCGGCGCCGCACAGACGCCUCGGCUCCGCCGCGCGCUCCCGGCCGGGAACUCGAGAGCAGGAGGCGGCGAGGCCCAGCUCGGGUCCUCUGCCCACGGCCCAAGCGGCGGGCGCACGGCGCCACCUGCAGGGCCGCAGCGCUGGCGCCCCGCUGCCCGCGCCCGGCCCCAGUCAGCUGGGCUCCGCCCUGGGGCUGGGCCUGGCGGCCAGGCCGAGAGGCGUUACGAGCCCCCGCCCCCCAGCCAGCCCGUUGCUAGGGGCACAAUGCUGCCGGUCCCCGCCUGCCUUUCGAGGCGGCCAGCACCCUUGUCGGAUGAGCGGGCGGCACACGGAGGGAAAAGCCGCUGAGGCCGAGCAAGCCAUUGCAGAGAAGCUGACCCCCUGCUGCAGUUCACGCCACGGCUGGGUUUGGGACAGGACAGUAACCUGCCCAGCGCAGGUGAUAGAGGGGAAGUACUGCCAGGGAGUGAGGUGUCAAAAGAGGAGGUGCAGGCACAAAGUGAUUGCAGCAAGACUCGGCCUGGAGAGUAUUCAUCCAGUUCAGACAAAAGCUAAGAAUGAAGGAAGGGGCCGAGCUGCCAACAAAGAUAAGCGAUUUCUUCGUCAGCUGGCGUACUGGAGGAAGGCACUAGAAUUGGUGAUGUUGAACAUACUUAUCAGUAGCUGGGAAAGGAAGUGAAGAGUGAGAUCGCAACCCCUGCAGAAAAUAUAGAAUUGUUCACUUUUGACAAGACUAGAGAAGAUUGUGAAGAACUUCAGCGAGGUGUAAUAAAGGCAGGUGAAUACACACCACAAUGGCAAAUGAAAUACAUUAUUGAGAAAUGCAAGGACCCCACAGCACUUCACUGCAGCAUUGUUCUAGCACUUGGCAGCCAGAAAGUGAAAAUAAAGACUGACUGAACGUAUAAAGAAAAA